AUUCUUCAGAAGUAUAAAAAUUGUGGCAGGAACUCUGUUCCGGUUUCAGUGGUUUCUAGUCGGUCAAACUCGGGUCAAGCUUUGACGGAAGCCGGAUGAUUCAUAUGUAGCCACUUCCUGUUGGUUAUUUCUUCUUUUUCAAACCAGGAAGAUGGAUUUGCUGUCAGAUAAAUGGAUAGUUAAUGUGGUACUUUGCUUGCUUUUCGUGGGGGUCAGCUGUAACUCAGUGGAGAAAAAGAUCUACAUAAACCUGAAUGAGACAUUCCCGUGUGUGAGACUUCUUAACGCAACACAUCAAAUAGGCUGUCAGUCUUCCCUGUCUGGCGAUGUGGGUGUGCUCCAUCUGCUCGAGUCGGAGGAAAAUCUGGAUUGGGUCCUCCGCACCGGGCCUAACCCUCCUUACAUGGUUAUCCUAGAAUCCACACUCUUCACUAGACCCAUCCUGAUGAAGCUGAAGAACGGCUCCAGCAGGGUGGCAGGUGUGCUUGCUGUGCAGCCAACCUCAAAUCCACCUGAAGGCUUCUCUCCUCACACGAGCUGCCCCAAUGAGAACACGGGUGUUUACUCUGAGACUUACGGCCCCUCCUACGCCCACUGUAACGUGACGAUGUGGAACCCUCUGGGGACCGGGAUUUCCUACGAGGAGUUUGACUUUCCCAUCUUCUCCGUGAAAGACGACAAUGACACUGAGGUCAUUCGACGGUGUUACAUGGAACAUAACCGUGCAGUGAAUGGCAGUACUCCUCAGUACCCUUUGUGUGCCAUGCAGCUCAUGUCCCACAUGGCAGCUGUCACGGACACGGCCACCUGCAUGAGGAGAAACGCCCCCACCUUCAGCCUCGCACCAGACGGUGUGUGUGACCCACUGGGGGAUGCCAAUAUUUGGGCUUCUACAAAACCUCUGAACAGCUCAACCAAGGGCCAUAAGGAUGGGGUGAGUGUGGUCAUCGCAGCAACAAAGCUGGACAGCAGAUCUUUUUUCUUCGACGUUGCUCCUGGCGCCGAUAGCGCAGCCACAGGCUUGGUUGCGCUGUUGGCAGCUGCUAGUGCCCUUCACAACGCCACGGCCGAGCUGAACCGCACCAUCCUCUACACUUUCUUUAAUGGGGAAACCUUUGACUACAUUGGUAGUUCAAGAAUGGUGUAUGAUAUGGCGAAGAAUGAUUUCACUGUGGAUCUGGACAACAUUCAUUCUAUCUUGGAGGUUGGACAGGUUGCUCUGGGUCCUGACUCCAGACUCUGGCUUCACUCUGAUCCUGUUUCUAAGAGGAACAGCAGCGUCAAUGUUGAGGUACAGACGCUAGUCAGUAACUUACAGGCAGCUGCCGCGGGUUUGAACCUCUCCCUGGGGGAGCCGAACGUCACCCAGCCGCUGCCCCCCUCAUCCUUCCAGCGGUUCCUGCUAGAGCGACCAAUCCCUGGAGUGGUCAUUGAGAAUCACCAAACAAGCUUCACAAACAAGUACUACCAAAGUAUGUUUGACAACGCCGAAUAUCUCAAGCUCAAUUACCCCCCGAACCUGACUCCAGAGGAGCAGCUGGAGCUCGUGACGGAUUCUGCAAAGGCUUUGACGGAGGUUGCGACGACCGUGGCUCGUGGUCUGUAUCUACAGGCAGGAGGUGAGCUGGCGCAGAUGAGCAGAAUUCAGGCCGACAGCGAGCUGGUUAGCAAGAUGCUGUACACUUUUCUUGUUCGGGUGAAUAAUUCCUGGUUUGAUCAACUAGUGAAGUCUGAUUGGACGGGCGUACUGAGGAACAGGCCUACAAACUUCUACAUUGGUGUGACGGGUCAAUACUUCAGCGAACCGGCUCUUAUGGUCCAGUGCAUCCUUGCUAACCUGACCGGCAGCAUCGCCAACAUCACCGAAGGCAACUGUCAGGACAAAAAAAUGGAUAAGGACGAGAACAUGAACAAGGAUAUCUAUUCCUAUCUAUGGGUUCAAGGCCCGGUCCGUCCCAACAGUACGGAGCGGGACAGUUUCUGUGUUCGCUCCCUGGUGCGUCAGUCCAAAGCGUUGUCUCCUGCCUUCGAACUGAGCGAGUACACCUCCAAAAACUACUCCACGUGGGCAGAGUCCAGAUGGAGUGCCAUCAAAGGACGCAUAUUCUUGGUGGCCAGUCAUGACCUGGAGAUGCUGACUCUUGGAGUGGGUGUGGGCGUGCUGCUGAUGUCUCUGCUCCUCACAUACAUCGUCAGCUCAAAGGCAGACAUACUCUUCAGCUCAGGGAGGGAGCCCACCAACGCCACCUACUGAUCCCCUCUGAGGCUCUGCAGGCCUGCGACCACUACGACUGUCACUGCUACUUCUACCCCAACCACACGCGGACGGCUUCUUUGAAAAGCCGGCAGCAGGUACACCAACAGGUUAGACUCUGCAGCAGAGAGUCUUUAAGACUACAACCCCAUCCGUGUUCAUGGACUCACUCACGUGAGGCGAGAUGUCUCCAUCUGUCUGGACUGGAACGGCCUGGAUGGACGUGGACUCAGCCGGGUGGAACUCACUGGGCGGUCACCAGCACGCUCCGUCAGUGCAGAAGAUGUUUAUAUUUCUUUUGUUUUUAGGUUAUUGUUUUCCCUUUUUAUUGUAAACAAAUGUUUGGUUUUAUUGUCAUGGACGGGCACUACACAUUGAUUUGCGUUGUUUUGCGCGUUUGUGUGAGUUAGCAGUGAUUCUGAGUGUACGAACAGUUCUGAUGGUGAGUGUGUCUGAGUUUGUAUGGGGAUUGCAAUGAUAUGUGCAAUACUGUAGCUGUCUUCUUUGUCAGAGUAGUUCACUUAUCCAUCCAAUCUAAUGACAGGAGACCACUUUGACUCUGAACAAAUAAUGAAGUGUACAUUUCAGAUUUUGAAACUAAGAAAUGUGCAGUCAAGUACAACUCUGAGUCCUGAGAAAAUAUCCUGAAAUUCAUGUUUGGUCUCAGUGUUUCCUGCAUAUUUAUGCAUUUUCAACCCACUGCAGUUUUAUUUUCCUGAUCUUUUCGUCAAGCAGAGGAACUCGCAAGUUAAUCUGACCAAAACCGAUCCCAAUAAUCACAGGCAUUCUGGGAAAUCUGAUGUUUGGAGAGAAAUGCUGGGCGUAGACACUGACAGAGUUCUGGUACUUUGGUUGUGUACUCUCUCUGGUUCUUCUAACAGUGUAUGUACAGCUUCUUUGAAAUGGUGACAACACAUGAGGUUUGAAUUCCACUGAUGAGUUCAUUCGAUGACUGGAAUCAAAUACCAGUAAUGAUGCCUUUAUGCAAAAAUAAACGAUGCUUUUUUUCCCAGGG